AUGGCGCCGUGGAGCGGCUUGUGGGCCGGCCUUGCCGGCGGCGACGCCUACCGCGGCACGCCGGUCAUCGUCAAGAUGGAGAAUCCCAACUGGUCCAUUUCCGAGGUCGACGGUGGCGAGGAUUUCUUGCCCGGAGCAGGCGGGCGGCGGCGGAGGGGGAAGAACGCGAAGCAGAUCACGUGGGUGCUGCUCCUGAAGGCCCACCGCGCCGCCGGUUGCCUGGCGUGGCUUGCCUCCGCCGCAGUCACGCUCGGCUGCGCCGCGCGGCGCCGCGUCGCCGCUGGGCGGACGGACUCCGAUGCCAACCAGGGGGAAUGCGAGGGCGAGGAGGAGGAGGCGGCCCACGCGGUGCGGCGGUCCCGGUUCUACGCGUUCAUCAAAGCCUGUCUCCUGAUGUCCGUUUUCCUCCUCGCCGUCGAGGUCGCCGCCCACUCCAACGGCCGGGGGGCCCUCGCCGUCUUCGCUGCCUCGUUCUACGCGUCGUGGGUACGCGUCCGCGCCGCCUACUUGGCCCCGCCGCUCCAGCUCCUCGCCGACGCCUGCGUCGUGCUCUUCCUUGUCCAGAGCGCCGACCGGCUCGUCCAGAGCCUUGGCUGCUUCUACAUCCUGCUCAAGCGCAUCAAGCCCAAGCCCAUCUCUCCAGCAUUGCCCGAUGCGGAGGACCCCGACGCCGGCUAUUACCCAAUGGUGCUCGUCCAGAUACCAAUGUGCAACGAGAAAGAGGUGUAUCAGCAGUCGAUUGCGGCGGUCUGCAACUUAGAUUGGCCAAGGUCCAGCCUCCUUGUACAGGUGCUGGACGACUCCGAUGACCCGACAACGCAGGCGUUGAUCAAAGAGGAGGUGGAGAAGUGGCGGCAGAACGGGGCGCGCAUUGUGUACCGCCACCGUGUGCUUAGGGAGGGCUACAAGGCCGGCAACCUCAAGUCGGCAAUGACCUGCAGCUAUGUCAAGGACUAUGAGUAUGUCGCCAUCUUUGAUGCCGAUUUCCAGCCGUACCCUGACUUCCUGAAGCGAACCGUGCCACAUUUUAAGGACAAUGAGGAUCUGGGCCUUGUUCAAGCCAGAUGGUCAUUUGUGAACAAGGACGAGAACCUAUUGACACGCUUGCAGAACAUUAACUUGUGCUUCCACUUUGAGGUGGAGCAGCAGGUGAACGGUGUGUUCAUCAACUUCUUCGGGUUCAAUGGCACAGCUGGGGUGUGGAGGAUCAAGGCCCUGGAGGACUCAGGAGGGUGGAUGGAGCGAACAACGGUGGAGGACAUGGACAUUGCUGUCCGUGCACACCUGAAGGGCUGGAAGUUUGUCUUUCUGAACGAUGUCGAGUGCCAAUGUGAAUUACCAGAGUCAUACGAGGCUUACCGGAAGCAACAGCACCGGUGGCAUUCGGGGCCAAUGCAGCUGUUUAGGUUAUGCUUGCUGGACAUCAUUCGAUGCAAGAUUGCAUUCUGGAAGAAGGCCAACCUGAUAUUUCUUUUCUUCCUGCUCCGCAAGCUCAUCUUGCCUUUCUAUUCGUUCACGCUCUUCUGUAUCAUCCUCCCAAUGACAAUGUUUGUGCCUGAAGCUGAGCUUCCCAAUUGGGUCGUGUGCUACAUCCCUGCGCUGAUGUCCUUCUUAAACAUCGUCCCCGCACCGAAAUCGUUCCCAUUUAUCAUCCCAUACCUUCUCUUCGAGAACACCAUGUCUGUAACCAAGUUCAAUGCCAUGAUCUCCGGGCUGUUCCAGCUGGGAAGCGCAUACGAGUGGGUCGUGACCAAGAAAUCAGGUCGAUCGUCAGAGGGUGAUCUCACUGCCUCGGCGCCAAAGGGGCUGAAGCAACUAAAGGCUGGCUCCAUGCCAGUCAUUGACGCAGUAAUCAAGGAGAAAUCCAAUCCCAAAGAGAAGCCCAAGAAGUACAACCGAAUAUACAAGAAGGAGCUUGCCCUCUCACUGCUUCUCCUUACCGCUGCCGCUCGGAGCUUGCUGUCGAAACAAGGGAUCCACUUCUACUUCCUGCUGUUCCAGGGCAUCUCGUUCUUGCUGGUCGGACUCGACCUCAUUGGCGAGGACAUCAAAUAAACAGACUGUAGCGUAGACAUAGAGGGUAAAUUGUUUUCUAACCAACAACCUACGGACCGUGUAUGUGCUUACA